UGUGUUGUGGUUUAAUUCAUUUGUGUUGUGGUUUAAUUCAUUUGUGUUGUGGCUUAAUGUAUUUGUGUUGUGUCAUGAUUUCUUUGUGCUGUGAACUUUUGUUUGCUUUUUAAAUUUCGAACUGGGUCCAGUUCACUAAUUUUGUGACAACCAGGCGCUAAACAACACUAUUUAACCACAUAUUUAAUCGCAUUUAAACUCACGGUUGAGUGAUGUGUGAAAACGAAUCACUGAAUCUUUCUUUUAAACUCUUCUAUUAAUUGAACAGUUCGAAAGAAUCGAUUCGCUUGAUUGAGUAAGAAUUGCCGAUACUAAUUAACCAUAUCCACUCUUAUCUGUCUAACCACAAAAUGUCCUCAUAGUGCAUUUUGUAGGCGGAGAAUCUGAUGUUGCAAAAAUCCAUUGGGAUGUAUCAAGUCUCGCUGUGGUAGGCGGGAUUUAGAGGAUUAAGGUGAGUCAGUAUUGCCAAACCCCCGGCGGUCAGACGGAGGAUUCAACCCACCCUGUCAGGUUCAGUCCCUCGGAGUAAUUGUGAGUUUAUGUUUGUUACUUUUGUCUGUUUUGUUCGCUCAUAUUACUGUUGAUUUCGAGAUAUUUUACGUUUUAAUGCAAGCGUUUAUUAUUAAUGCGUUUAUUUGUUGAAGAACCUGCCUCGCAUACUCUAACUGUGCUUCAAAACCUAGUGAGCCACCUACCUAGACAGCAUUUUUGGACACCACAGGCGCGUUCCGAGUCUCCUGAACGCUGCACGAGACUAUGAUCCUCACAUUGCUGUCUAGGUAGGGUUUGAAACACGGCCUGCAUUUCUGAGGAAUACGUGGGAUUUCAACAGUAAAUAUUGGAAGAGUUACACAGCAAGUUUUAAAAAUGCCUUACCUUCACUGCUUAUACAGUGUUCUUAUUCGUGUAAAUCCAAAUGUUUAAGGUGAAACUUAGUUCCUAAUGCAGUUCUAACUUGUGUUGAAACUUCUUCGUUUGGACAAACGUGCUGACCUCUUGAUUUGAUCGUAAACAGAUAAGGCAAACAACUUCAGGCACAGAUUGAGACAUGGGUGAGACAGCUGGCAGAGAGCAUGGGAUUGUUACAAGAUCUGCUGAGUAUAUUGGGUCAUUUCCUGUAGAUGACAGUUGUUUGGAUGAUCAAAUUCAGCAGCUGCACACUCAGCUAAAGUCCCUAAAGAAUUGCAGGAGCAAGCGAGCAGUUUCCUUAAAAUUCUCUGUCAAAGGAGUCAAAGUUUAUGAUGAAGAUGAAACGAUGCUUCUCAUGGCUCAUGCCAUGUGUCGAGUCUCGCUGUCCACCGCCCGUCCGUCUGAUGCGCAGUUUGCCUUUGUCUCUCAUAAUCCUGGGGGUUCUGAUGCCCAGCUCUACUGCCACGUCUUCAGAGCCAGACAUGCCCGAGCUGCCCAGUUCCUGAAUCUACUGCUUUGCCGGUGUUUCCAACUGUAUUUUCUGGAGAAGCACCCAGAGGAAGCCCAGAAUGAGUGUUCUGGGAAGAUACCCUCUCGAACCCUAUCUCUACUUCAUCAGGGUUUCCCUCUCAGUGUUAGCGCCUUGGUGUCCUUCAGAAGGGCACCAACUCAAGGCCUCCUGCCAGGGGAAAAGGUUCUCUCAGAGCCAAAUACAGAGCGUGUUAGCAGUCCUGAGGACGGUCCCACUUCCUCUCCCACUAUAGUUCGUAAAAUGGCGAUCCGGACCAAAAAGCUGCGCUCUGGAGCGUACCGCUCUUUUACCUUUACUCCCCUCAAACAGCACCAUCUGCAGGAUAAACUGAGUGCUCCACAAGAAAAGGAUCCGGAAAGUGCAAAAGCAUGCAGGACUCGAGCACCCAGUUUGGCCGAGACAGAAGAAGCUCUGGCUCAAGCUGUAUGGUGCUGGGCUGGCGUGUCUAGUGAUUGUAGCUCCAUGCUACUGGCAGAUGAUGUCCUUGGUGCCUUCCUGCUGUGUCCCCAUCCCAAAAAGCCCAAUCGCGGGUCUCUUAUAGUUCACUUUCCAUCUGGUCUGGCAACCUAUGCUAUAAAGAAUUCCAAAGGGAAAUUCCUCCUUGAGAAAUGCCACAAUAAGUUUGAAAGCCUAGCUGCUUUGAUUGAGCACUACACUGAGUUCAGUGAAGAGCUGGAAUGUUCUCUGAGCAGUGCCCGUGUCAACCACUGCUAUGAUUGGGAGGAAACUGUAAACAAGAGCUCACAUUCACAACAGGACAGCAAGAAAGGCACAUUUAAAAACCAAAGUUGGGUAUGAAUCCUGUCUUUCCCCCAAUGUGGUUACUACCAUUUUUUUUUAAUAACCACUUUUAUUAUUAUUUAAAUUUUUAAAGAUUCAAUAGCUGCUGGCAUUGGUAAAGCUUCCUAACUAGGAUCUUCAGACACUGGCACCCCUUUUUUUUUUUUUUUUUUUUUUUUUUUUUUCUAUAGACACUGUUGUUUUGCCUGUUGGCAAUAACCUCAACUCACCUUGAGCAAUUGAGUUGUGUAAAUUUUUUUUGUUUUUUUGGAAAUAAGCACAUAUUGGGAUUAGCAUGUUGAUGUCAUCUUUUAAAUGUAUACUCGACAAGUUUAGCAAAGGCAGACUAUAUCUUUUGUAUGUACCCUGUAUUAUGUCGUAACUUGUAUUAUCUUGAAAUAAUUUGUCUUAACCCUGUGCACCUAUAAGGGAGCUGUAUAUAUUGGUCUUGUGGGUUGUAUAUAUUGGCCUUUUGGGUUUUUUUGCCACCAGUUGAAAGAACUUAAGUUAUAACCUCAAAUUCUAAAAACUUUCACUAUCCGGUUAAUUGAUUUUGUCAUUGACUGGCUUUGGUACCUUAAAUGUUUUCUACUUCUUAAAUGCACUUUGUCUCUCUUGAAUACAACUAUUGCCUUUGCACCAAUGUAUAUUAUUUGUCUUGCCUCUUUGCAUAAACUUUUUUUUACAAUCAUGUUUGUCUGGUGUUCUUUCAGACAUAAUUCUUUUGAAGUGGCAUAGGAAAAAUUAAUUAGUAGGACAUAGUCAUUUCUGUGAAUCUCAAGAAAACACAUCAAGAACAUGGUAACAUUUCACCCCAAAAUAAAAUGUAAUUA